CGCCGCAUGUCCGCCACAGCCCUACAACCACAGCCAACAUGCGGCCAACAGCACGAUGCCUGACGCCUGGGUUUAUGAAGCGCAGCCUCGACGAGUUCAAGCGAUUGUCUAAUCGCGCGCUCAAGCUCGAAGGAUUGUCGUCGCCCACCAAACCCUACCCUUUGAUUAUCUUCGACUCGCAAGAUGCCAUCGCGCGGUGCAAGCGCAUGAGCGACAAAGACAUCGGUGGCUUCUCUGCAGCCAACCUCGACUUUCACGCCGCUACUGCGAACGAGCCUGCGCACGCACGCUUUCACGGUACCAUAUCUACCGAGCUUCCCAGAGACCAGCCGCAUGUGCAACGCACAGGCUAUGCUGGAUGGCGCACGCUGGACCGUGGCUUUACCAUCUUUGGGAAGUCGGUGUGGGACGUAGACUCGUACGCCUAUCUAGCCAUUCAAUUCAAGUCAGAUGGCCGCAAGUACUUUGUCAAUGUACAGACUGAGUCCAUUGUUCCGACAGACAUCCAUCAACACCGUCUCUACUCCAAGACGCCCGGUGAAUGGGAGACUAUCCUGAUCAAAUGGAACGAGUUUGUGCGCACAAACCAUGGCCAAGUGGUGGAACCACAGCGGGAAAUGCUUACCCAAAAAGUGCGAACAGUAGGAAACGCUUUGAUCGACCGUAUACCAGGGCCGUACGAUCUCAGCAUAAGCAAGGUGUGGGCGACCAAUGCUACAAGUGACGAUGAUAUCCUGGCGACGGUCACAGGUGCUAUCACGGGGCUUCCCUCGCAGCACGGCUUCAAGAAAGUAGAGACGCCUAAACAGGAGCCGUUGGGUGACCGCUCAUCAUAGUUUGAGUUUCUGCGAUGAGGGUUGUAUAAUACUGCAGGUCGGAAUCGAAUUGCGUCAAUAAGUAACACACCUCGAAACAAGCCGCAGUGCCAAUGUCGUGUAUAAAAGCAGACGUUGUAUGUAAAAUUUAGUUUUCUUGGGUCCAAUCGCAUGUAUAUCAAGG